AUGACCGCGCUUGGUCCAAGCACAAGCCCACAGUGGGACAGCCGCAACCGGGGCUUCAUCUCACCGUCUCAGCUCCAACAGAUGAAGCGCGCGAGCCUUGCUCAGUCACAGUCCCCACCACCGCCUCAGAGUCAGACAACCGACCCGGUAGCCUCGACCUCCGCCCCGAAUCUCGGCCAACAGCAACAACAGCAACAACCACAGAAACCGGCAUUACUGCAUCGUCAUUCCCAGUCGCAUUCGCGCGCCACGUCUUUCUUUUCGUUCCGGAGCCGGACGAGCCUCGACGGUCAACGGGAGCAGCCUACUAACACCUCCGGCGCGAACGCGCCCCAGCCUCCCCCACCCAAUCCCCGUCUCAGCCUUGCAGGCCCCUCCGAGCCCCCAGCAGGUCCCAUGCAGCCUUCUCGCCAACCCACCGUCGGGCCCGGCCCUACCGUGCCUGGACAGCCUCCCCCACCACCGCUCCACGCCGAGAUACGAUCGGUUGUGCAGCUCACGGUCGCGCACGCUCACAAAGUCUACUUCUCUGGACCUCUCGUCCGAAGGAUCGAGCGCCAGCCGGAUGGCCAGAAGCCCGCGAAGGAUGAGGGGUGGCAGGAGGUUUGGGCGCAGCUUGGGGGGACAACGCUCAGCAUCUGGGAUAUGAAGAAGAUCGAAGAGGCGAGUCGCGAGGGGCGCGAGGUCCCGCCGACGUACGUGAAUGUGACCGAUGCCUUUGUCCAGGUUCUCGGCGCCGUCACCCUCCCGUCCGUGAACGGUGCGCCCGGCCAGCGCUACCAGAACGUGAUCACGCUCAACACCGCCGGAUCCAACCUCCUCCUCUUCUCCUGCCCCUCCCCGGCUGCGCUCGUCUCCUGGGCCGCCGCGCUCCGUCUUACCGCGUGGGAAAAAUCGCGUUUGGAGGAGAUCUACACCGCGCACCUGAUUCGCAUCACGCUGAACGACGGUCGGAAGGCCCCCAGCCCGCUCGUAGGUGGUAGGAUGGAGGGAUGGGUCCGUAUCCGGCUCGCGGGCCAGACGGACUGGAAGCGCCUCUGGAUGGUGUUGACCGCGGGCACGGGCGGGUCGGGGGAGAAGGAGGGAAUGGAGCGCCCGGCGAGUCCGAGCCAGAGCCGAAAGCGACGCGUGUCGAACAUAUUUUCGCGCGACCACGACGCGUCGAAGGCGCCCCAGGCGGCACCGCUGCUUGCGCUGUAUGCGUCGCAGAAGCCGAAGGACCGCAAGCGCCCGCUGCUCACGAUGCGCGCCGUGAGCCAGGCGUUCGCGGUUUAUCCAGAGCGGCCAGAGUUGAUCAGCCGGAGUACGCUGAUGAAACUUGAGGGCCUGUUCGGUGAUGAAGAUACGGCAGCGGCGAUGCGCGGGCGCGAGGGAUGGAUACUCGUCAUGCCCGAGCUGGAGGGUGGGAACACGCAAGCGAGCGAGAUGCUCAAGUGGAUGAUUGGCAUACACGACGCGUUUGAACUUUAUGGGCGGCCGAAGGGGUACACCUGGGACCCUCGGGAUCCCGUUAGCAUGAUGUUCGCGUACCCUGUCGGACCCGAUAAAGAUCUCCUCUUCCUCGAUCGCGAAGUUGCAGAGGCGCUCGAUCCACGGGACGACCGCACCUCCAGCAUUCGCACCAACCUGCGGAAUUUGAUGGCCGCACGUAUGACGAGCCCCACCGCCCCGGACCCGCGAGCAUCCGGACGCCCGAAUUCUCCGCCUCGCCUCCCCCCACCAACGACUACCUCGCCCUCUGGCGCGCCGACGUUGCCACCGAUCGGUGAUAUGGGUUCCGCUGCACCACCGCCGCCAGCGGAGAGGCAGAACUCGUCGGGGAUGCUGCCGCCACUAUCAUUUCAGGCUGAACGAGCGGCGUCGCCCCCGCGCUUUACGACUUCGCCGCAAAUGAUGGCCAGUUCUCCGCCUCCCCAGCAGCCGCCUCAGCAACCGGUGCAACCGCUAUCGCCUACGUCACCCCACAGCAGAGGGGCCCUGACGCCGAUCACGGAGAGAAGCCUCAGUCAAUCGUGGUCGGGCGAUCAGCAUGGCGCACCGGGUUCCGGAGAUCAAGGCCCAUCACGCGGAGCGUCCGGGCAAGGGAGAAGCUCUACUACGCCGGCAACCGUCCUCGAAGAAAAGGAAGAACCUGAGACAACGUCUUUCACGAAGAGCCCGAGCCCUGUCGCGCAGGAUUACUUCGGCAACGCUCGGCCGUCUGCGGACCAACUCAGCACCCGGCCGUCGACGGACAGCGUCGCCAAUAGGCCCUCGCUUGACAGCUUGCCAUCUCGCUUGGUAUCUCCGAGCUCCCCUCACGGGGCGAACGGCGCAUAUGCGUCGUCGUUCUUCGAUCGCCCGCGCUCGCCCGCGUCCGUGCUCACGUCGCCGUACUCAAACAUGGGCCACUCGGGCCUUGGCGGCUCACCGCAGUCGCGCAUGACCGCUCCAGGCGGCGCUUCGGGCACGGGCGUGGAGUCGACAGUGAGCCUGGUGACGCAGACGCACGGCGACGACGCGAGUCGGCACUCGCUUCACGCGACGCUGCCGUUGUCUCCGCGUUCGCAACAUUCGCAACUCUCGGCUCAGAAUCAAAGCGCGGGACAGACACAGCCUCCACAGCAGCAGCAGCCCCGCACGCCUAGUCCAGACGAGCCGCCGCCAAGGGACCUGUUCCAAGAGGCGGGCGCACUGUAUUACAUGCGGCAAAUGGACGAGGCUGAAGGCCAGGCGCCUGCAGGCACGACUGCGCCCCGCUUCGGCGCUGCGCCUCCUCCGUCUCAGUUCGAGGAAGACGAAGACGAGGAUGAGGAGGACGACCGGUACAGAGACGACUCGCCCACUCGCCCACCGGCGCAAAUCCCGCCCCGUCUCGCGGGCAGCACGUCGCCCGGCGCCGGCGACUCGCAGCCCCCGCGCCGCGGCACGCCGAUGGGCUUCGAGCGGCUGCUGAACCAAUCGCCGGCCGCGGCUUCCGACACGUCCGGCGGCUCGGCCGGCGGACACCGGACUUCGCUUGCGCACCGGCCUUCUGGCGCACGUGCGCCUCCCACGUCGACGCGUCGGCUGUUGCAAAAAGAGGCGACAGGCGCGUCAGUGCAGCCACCACAACCUCCCCGAGCGCCCUCCAUGUCGACGAUGACGCCGUCCGCGUCUGCGAACACGACCGAGUCUGAGUCGGUACCGACGAGCCAGUCUGGAUCGGGCAUGGCGCAUAAGCCCAGCUUCGAGGCACCGGAUGACGCUGCGGACGUGCUGGCCGCACUCAACUUCCUGGAGCAGGAGCAACACGAACAACAACCAGCAGAAGCAUCGUCGCCGCCGCCGCCGGGACGGGCCUCUGCGUCUCCGCCACCGCCGCAGCCAAAGAUCGUCACACCAGUGAUACGUGCGCAGUCGCCAGAGUCGCCAGACAGGAACGGGCAGUACCGGUCGUCGUUCGCGCCGUCGAAGACCGCCGCGGAACGGAAGGCACGUGCGCAGGCACAGCAGGCCGCGCACGAGGCGGCGGUGCACAAGCCGGGUAGGGUGAACGGGAAACGGGCGAUGGCGCAGCCGAAGAAGGGCGGAUGGGCAGAGAGCAGCGAGGAGGAGGAGGAGGAGGACGAGGAUGAAGAUGACGAGGAAGUGGACUCGGACGCCGAGCCGCAGGCACGCAGGGCGCCCGCGUCGGUCAGCGAGCAUCAGCCCAGUACGCAUCCGUCGAUUGCGCAUGGGCAGAGCGGGUACUCGCCUGCCGGAUCGUCCGCCGAUCUGCACGCACCACGUGCGCCGCGUCACCUCCCUCAAGUGCCUGGUAGUCGCGUACCUAUGAACGGCUCUGAAGAACAUAUGCCAAUGCCUCCUCGCUCUCGCAUGCCCUCCGACCAGAUGACGAUGGAGACCGGUCGCCGCACACAUUACGAAGAACCCCCCAGGAUGCAAGCCCAGCAGCAGCACCUCCGUCCCCACUCGGAGUAUCCUAACCCGGGUGCCACUCGUCAAUCCAUAUGGACCCAGGUGCUCGAGCCCGGAAAGCCGGCUCAGCCGACGGACAACGGAAGGGACACUUUCGUGCAGAUCGAGGCUCCGGAACAGACCAUGACGAAAGCCUUCACCCCCCACGGCCUCCUCUCCGCCGGUUUGCAGGACAAGCAGGAUCGCUCGGCGAAGCGCCAGGAAGAGCUCGCCCGCGAGACCGGGGCGUCGCUCGUCAAUGUCGAGGGCAAGCCGCCGCCGCCGCAGGCAGGCUUGCUCGGCGCCAUCACCGCGCACGAGCGGGAGCGCAAGCGCGAGGGUGGCUUUGGGGCCGCGCUGACGGAACGCGAGCGCGAGAAACGUGCGGCGGAGGAACGGCAACGCAAGCUCGACGAAUUUCAACGACAGCAGCUGGAGCAGAUGCAGCAGGGAGGGUCGAUGUACGGCGCCCCCGGCGGGAUGGGCAUGAACCCGAUGAUGGGCAACCCGAUGAUGAUGGGCAUGAACCCGAUGAUGUCCGGCUUCAUGGGCUACCCCGGGAUGAUGCCUGGCUUUAACCCUCAGCACAUGUUUGCCGCACAGCAGGCGGCGCAGGCGUACCAGCAGGCGAUGAUGGCGUUCUCCAUGUCGGGCUCGCAGAUGGGCGGUGGCGACGCCGGUAGUGGUGGACCGCCCGGCCAGAUUGCGCCGAUGAACCCGAUGAUGACGGGCAUGUCGGGCAUGGGCGCGUUCGACCCCCGUAUGUCGAUGAUGGGUAUGCCGCCGAUGAUGGGCGGCGCGAUGUCGCCGAUGCCGAUGGGCAUGAGCAUGCAGAUGACGGGCGGCUCGACGUUCCAGAUGCCGUUCCAGCAGGGGCAGUUCGGUGACACUCUGACCCCUCAAGGCAACUUCGGUGGGCCGGGCCCAAGUCGUUUCUCGCCCCAAGGUAGCUUGAAUGCAUCCCCAGCCCAACGGCCGCAGGAUCCGGCCGACGAACCGCCUCCGAUCAGAGGCCAGCAGGUACCGCCAUCCUGAACGACGACGACAAAACACGCAAGUGUAACAUACAUGCACUCUUCCUGCAUUCUCCUCAAAUCUCCCUCAAGUUACGCGACGCGAUGCGCAUCCUUUUACAUGGACUUCUCGGUAUUCUAGACUCCGAUGAUCUCAUUCUUUUAUUGAUUUCUCCUCCUUUCUCUCUUCAUUCAAUGGCGACGACCAUCUGUCUAUCUAUACUUUAGGCUGGAAAUUCGGUUAGGGCAGAUACCCAUGACAUUAGCAUCGGAAUCAU